AUGAAGGCAAAUGUUCAAGCUCCAGUAACGUUCCUACCCAAUAUAGUAUUGGACGUAGUACAACUGGCUGUAAGUACGAUGGGGACUGCAAAAACCGUUAUGAAGAGAGCAAUAGUGCUGAAAACAGUGACGAGCAUCUUGGUGCAAAUUGAAGUGAUACCAACGACUGAAGUGAUGGUGCUGAAGAAUUUGCCGCAUGAAAACGGUUUAGAUGAUGGUCAAGAUGAAUCUUCAAACGGCCGAGAAUCUACUGAUGCAGACAAUGAGGCAUCGAGCAAGAAUACUCAAGUAAUUCAAACCAACAAUUCAUUUGAGCCUACUCCAUCCGAAUAUACUCUCUGUACCAAAGAAGAAGUGGAUGAGUUACUACCCAUCUAG